GCCAUGUGGUAAUACGUACUAAACUGUACUAUGGUUAUACUGGGAAGAGGCGUCUAUUUGUGCUGAAGGGAUAUUAUAAUGGCGCACAUCGUGAUUGAGAAGCAUCGGCGGUUGAGCUUUUGAUAACCUAUAUACAAGCCUCUCACAGCUGGAAGCGCUGAUACAGAAGUUAGCGUCGAGGUCGGUUAUUGGCGGGUCUGCCAUCGGCCUUGACCAGCUUUGCUACACUGUUAACGUCCCCGUUUGGUAGCACAGCGUGAGCAUGUCUAAACGGCCGACAGUGGACCUAACGCUUAGCGAUUCGGACGAGGAGCCAGCGGCUAAAAGGCGGAGAGGGGGCUCUUUGGCGCAAAAAACGGAACCCCAAGCGGAGGACAGCGAUGUCAUAGUGGUUGAGCCUGGUGGCAAUGGCUUGGAGGUGUCUGGCCCUCGAAGUCGUCUUGGUCACGCCAACGCUCAUGCGGAUGGCGAGGACUUGGGAGAGGAGGACCUUCUUAUUACCGGAACCACAGGCCAAGUGGCCACGAGGGACCUUCCUCACCCGCGGCCGGACUGUGCAGAGCACAGAUUUGCUCUCGGUGCAACGACCGAUUCCAAUGCGGCCCACUGCCCGCAGUGCUACUGCUACGUGUGCGAUGACAAGGCGUCCAAGUGUCCCUACUGGGGAACAGGUCGCCGCGAGCGCGACCACGCCAACGCCCGGCCCAUUGGCUACUGGAAGCGCCUUCGUGAUGCGUUGAAGGCAGGCAACCGCAGCUUCAUCCAGAGCGAGUACAAUGGCAGUGGGCCGCUGGGCUCGGGGAUCCCGCCCCAAGGGAUGCAGCAGACCCGACUGCCCUUCCCUCACACCGGGAGCAGGCGCACCUCAGUGGCUGCCACCACUCCUGCACCCACUGCCGGGCCUGCGGCUGCUGCCACCGGAGCAGGUGGGACUAGCGCUGCGGGUGCCGCAGCUCACGGUCGCUCCUCCCUUGGAGCAGCCGCUGCGGGCGCGGGCACCGCAGCCACUCCCAUGGGCGGCCAGCCCGCUCUCCGUCCGUCUGGGGGCUCCGGUGCUGCCGCCGCUGCUGGUGCCGCCGCAGCAGCAGCCACGGUUCCGCCUUCAGCCACCCCAGUCGCACCGCGUACCACGCUGGCGACAGCACCCGCAGCUCCAGCCGUGAAGGCAGCCGAUGCGGCGAAGACGCCGACAGCGACGCUGCCCUCUGGUGUGUGCAAGCUGCGGCGGCUUCCCGACCUAGCCACUGAACGCCAGUUGUUUCAGCUUGGAGUACUGCGGUUCAGCGUGAAGGCUGCUCGUGGGCUUACGCUGGCAGCUGUGGCGGAGCGUGUGGAGCGCUUUGGGUUCUACUACAAUGUGGUGGCGAAGCGGGAGGAUUCUGGGGAUCGCUUGCCGCUUAGUGUCCUGUUUGAAACCAAGGGCGAGACCCGCAGCGGCGCCUACAAGAGCAAGCCGCUCUACCUGAAGAUGCUGCCGCUGCCUCCCUCGCCCGAGGAGACGGUCCCUGUGCCCACAAACCGCGUGCGCAAGGUGCUUGUGGUCGACUGCCUGGGUCGCGCGCGCGCCACCUACAUGGGUGUGCCGCUGCAGCACAAGGCCAAGCGGGCGGACCUGCUGGCCGCGCUGGCGCCCCGGCUGCGACCCGCCUUCAGCGCCAGCGCCGAGCUGCUGCACCUGAUGUGCGGCAGCGGCCUGGACAGCAGCACCCUGUCGCCGGUGGAGUCGGAGCGGAACCUGGAUGACGGCUUCUUCGAUUGCUACAACUGCGCUACGGAGGACCGGUACCACGUCAUCGUCUUCCGCACUGCGCACCACCCAGCUCCCUCAUGGGAAGACUCCGCCGACUCCGGCACUGCAACAUCCUCCAAGUCACCCCGGAGCGACUCCACAGCGCCUCGGUGGGCGCAGAAGCCACCCGUGUACAACCACAGCUGCAGCAGCUCUUCAGCCAUGAACAUGUACGUGAGCAAUGUCGUACCCGCCUGGAUCACCGUACAUGUACGGCAGCUGCUGCCGGCUCCGGGCCCAGAUGGCGACCGCUACGCUCCCAGCACCAAGCGGAUGUCCGUACCGCUGCUGAUGCCGUUGCGAAAGGAGCACAGCAAGGGGGGGCAUGCGGCGGAAAAGGAGAUGAAUACCGCGCUCGUGCGGGCUCUGCAGCCGUACCGCUCUGCCUCGGGGUCCGCCUCCGCCGCCGCGCCCAUCCUGCUGCUGCGCGGCAGCCGCGGCGCCACCCUCACGGAGCGGCCGCCGCACGUGUCGCGGUCGCACCAGUUCGGCCACUCGGGCGAGGCGCUCACCACCUGGCCGGGCAGCAGCCAGCUCGUGUCGCUGACGGCGGUGUGGCCGCAGGACCUAAGCGGCGGCGCGUUCGACGAGGCGGCGCUGCGAACUCCGGUGGUUGACCCCAGCGCCGCGCCCGAGGCCUUGCUGGAGUCCACGGCGUACAUCGCGGAGGCGAAGAAGCGAGAUGCGAUGCUAAACAAGCGCAAGAGCCUGCCCACCAGCUGCAUUUCGGAGCUGGUCAACUGCUCCCGUCGGCCGCACCCCGAGGACAAGACCACCAUCGCCUCCAUGAGCUCGCAGCAGGGCGGCUGCAGCUGCUCGCUGGCGCUGGACGUGCGCCUAGUGCCCAGCAGCGGGAGGGGGCACGAGCGGGAGGGAAAGCUGGUCGUGAAGGUAUACACCUGGACCGCCAACGCGGCCUUCAAGGAGUGCCUGUUCAGGGCGUGGGACGAUUGGCCCUCCCUGGGCAAGCGCGACACCGGCGCCUUCCCGCUGCCCGCCACCAUGGAGCUCAUCACAACCGGGCUGGCGGACCCCGACACGCACCGCCACAUGGCAGCAGCAGCCGCGGGUGGGGCCGCGGGGCCCUCCACCUCCGCCGCCGCUGCAGCCCUGGGCCCCGUGCAGCUGCGGGUGCAGGCGGAGCGGGCGCGGGCGCGGGAGAUGCAUGCCAAGCUGCGGGAGCUGAAGGAGGGGCGGACGGCGGAGCGCGUCCGCUCCAUCAACUCGCUGCUGGAGUUCAUGCAGAGCGGCGAGCUGCCCGCCGCGCCGCAGCCGCCCGGCCUCACCGUCACCAUGCGCCCCUACCAGCUGCAGUCGCUCAACUUCAUGGUCAGUCUGGAGCGGCUGGUGGACACCCCGGCGGACCGCGCCCCUGAAGACCCCGCGGCCGGCCCCUCCACAUCCGCUGCCGCUGUCACUGCCCAGGUGGAUCCCGCCGACCCGGAUGCGCCCGACGGCGGCUGCCCCGGCGGCUACCGGCGGCUGUUCUGGCUGCCCGUGACCAGCAGCCAUGGGCAGCGGUACUGGUACUCGCCGGUGUUUGCAGGGCUGGCGAUGGAUGUGCCGCGACAGCCCGUGGGCGGCUUCUUGGCCGAGGAGAUGGGUCUGGGCAAGACGGUGGAGGUGAUGGCGCUCACGCUGGCCAACCCGCCGCCGCCCUCCCUGGUGGCGGGCUCGAAGGCGCCCUGCGGCAAGAUCUUGUCGCGCGCCACGCUGGUGGUGUGCGCGGUGUCGCUGGUGGGGCAGUGGCAGAAGGAGGCGCAGAGCAAGACCAGCGAGUCCUGCCGCAUUCACCCCUACCACGGGCCCAACCGCAUCCGCGACCCCAUGCGGCUGGCGACGGAGUUUGACGUGGUCGUCACCACCUACCAGACGCUGCAGGCCGACCACUCCGGCGGCGGCGCCGACCCCUGCCAGAACAUCAAGUGGCACCGCGUGGUGUUCGACGAGGGGCACACGCUGCGCUCCGCGGGCGCCAAGCUGGCCAAGACGGCGGUGGAUCUGAAGGCGGACCGCAAGUGGCUGUGCACCGGCACUCCCAUCAACAACGCGGUGGACGACCUGCUGGGGCAGUUCAACGCAGUGCACCUGAUGCCGCUGGGGAAGAAGACGUACUUUGACUCGUACGUCAAGGCUCCCUUCCUGGGCGCGGGGCGGCACUACGGGCAGUCCGUGCUGCCGCUGCUGUACGUGCUGCGGACCACCCUGGUGCGCCACACCAAGGCGCAGAACCUGGGGGGCCAGGACGUGCUGCAGCUGCCCGACAAGACGGAGACGGACGUGCCGGUGGACCUGAGUGCCGAGGAGCAGGCGCUCUAUCGCCGGGUGCACAAGGAGGCGCAACGCGGCUGGGAGAAGCUCAAGGCCGUGGGUCCGCACUACGUGAACUCGCACCUCUUCACCGCCACCUCCAUGCUGAUGCCGCUGCGCCGCAUCUGCAGCGGCGGGCUGCUGCAGCCCAAGGACCUGGCGGUGCCCGACCCGGAACGGCUGGUGGCAGUGGGAGGAGCAGGACCCGGCGGCGCCAGCGGCAGCGACGGUGGCGGCGGCGGCGCCUCGGACGUGCCGGUGCCGGAGGACGUGUCGGAGUGCCCCAUCUGCGUGGAUACCAUCGACCAGCCCGUGGUGACGCGCUGCAACCACUGGUUCUGCCGCGAGUGCCUCACGGGAUGGAUCAACGCCUCGGCGCACCACAACUGCCCCGCCUGUCGCCAGCCGGUGAGCCUCCCCUCGCUGCGGAGAGGUAUCAUGCCGGACGCGCAGCAAGCCGCCGCCGCAGCCCAGGCAGCCGCAGCAGCCGGGUCGGGCUCGGACGCGGAGGAGGCGGAGGCGCCGGGCGCGGUGCCCUGCGAGAGCAAGCUGCGUGUGCUGCUGGCGGAGUUGAGGGCCAUGCGGGAUGCGGACCCCACAGCCAAGGCGCUGGUUUUCACGCAGUUCGGUCAGACGCUGGAGUGGCUGAAGCCGCGGCUGCUGGAGGAGGGCUUCGGGCACCGCACCAUCACCGGCGACAUGACGCUGAAGAGGCGCACGGAGGCCAUCGAGUCCUUCCAGCGCGACCCCGCCACCAACGUGUUCCUGCUGUCGGUGCGGUCGGGCGCGGUGGGCAUCAACCUCACCGCCGCCAACCACGUGUUCCUGCUGGAGCCCUGCAUGAACCCCGCCAUGGAGGAGCAGGCGAUCGGGCGCUCCUGGCGCAUGGGGCAGCAGCGUGAUGUGUUUGUGAAGCGCUUAUACGUUAAGGGUUCCGUGGAGGAGCGCAUCAUGGAGGUCGUCAAGACGCGCCGCUCAGCCAGCGGAGGCGGCGCCGCUGCGUCUGCCGCUGCCGCCGCCGCUGCAGGGCCCUCGGGCAGCCGCGGUGGGGCGGCGCCCGUUGCGGGGUCGCUGCGGCAGGACAAGACAGACCUGCGGAUCAAUGAGCUGGAGGUGUUGUUCCGGGAGCCGGAUUUCCCUGCGGCGGCGUCAUGAGGGAGCGACCGUGGUGAUGCAUGCUUAUCGCGUUGUCGGGUGCAUAGUGAUGCGGCUGCAGGUUAAGUGCCGUUGAUCAUAAGUGGUCAAGCGGACGCAGCAUCUCAGCUUGCAACGGGGCGUGCAUGGCGCCUGCUUUGCAUAGUGACGUGCCUGCCAAAUGAAGCCUUGGCGCACAGUAACGUGUUGUGUAUUCAUGUUCUUAGGGGGAGUCCUUAGUCCUUAGGGGUUUGUGGGCUAGCUGUCGUGUCGAACCGGAGUGUAGGGUUUUAGCGUCAUUACGCGCACCGAAUAGUCCGGAUAGCCAAUCACUGACGUAGCUGAGAUGCACAUGCAGGGCCGCCUGCAUGAGGCCAGGCGCUGUUUGCGCACUUGAAAUGCUUGGUUUCCGCUUUAGAAGACAAUAGUAGACGCAGGUUGCCGUGCUAAGCGGCAGCCGUCGCAAGACCUAGCCACCGCUGGAAAACAGGCAUGUGACACGGGCGUGCUCAUAGCUAUGAAUGGGGCCGGCAUUCCGCCCUUUCUUUAUGCGCGUGUGCUCUUUAGCAUAUAUGCGCACGGCGCAAUCAUAUGCUAUGCAGGCCGUGACUGUGCUAACGAAGAAUGUUGGGAUGCUAAGGCUGUCGGGUCAGCUGUCGUAGGGCACGGUAUCAGUGGCGAUGGAUACCCUUACGAGCUUCUAUGUCAUCGUGUACUUUUGCAUUAGCUGCCCUGUAAGGAUUGGUGCAAG